AUGACUGCGUCCCACACGAGCAAGUUUCGUCACGUAGAGAGCACGCGACUCGCCCCUGCGUCCCGAGUCUUGACGCACUUGCCCGUGUCUAUUCCAAGUGCCAGUUCUGAACGUCCCGCUCUUGCUGCGACGUCCUCUCAAUUUGCAUUUGUCCAGUCAACAGAUACUUAUGGCGGCUCUGUCCAGGUGGAAGCUCUGAGUGGGAUUGACGCAGCUGGGAAACAGAGUCAGGAGUCGAAAGAGACGCGGCCGCUUGUCGUGCACGCACACGAGACGGGACGCGUGACAGCUGUGGCUUUCUCACGUUUUCGUGAAGACCUGUUACUCUCUGCUGGAGAUGCUGUGGCGACGGUGAAGCUCUGGCGAGUGGGGUCACCGGGUGAGAGAAUGGACGAGCUCGUGACACCUGUGGCGGUGUUUUCUCAUGAUACAGCGGGUAGUGUAGUGGGUAUUAUGCCGCAUCCGACGGCUGAGUCGGUCUUGGCCACGUACUCGAGACGAGGAGUGCUGAGACUGUAUGACGUGCAUGCUGAGACGAUGAGCUUGGAGAGAGCAGUGGGACAAGGCGCUUCGUUGACGUCUGCGGACUGGACUUGGGAUGGUCGUGCUGUGAUAGCGGCGACGCAGGACCGAGCUGUGAGGAUGGUGGACCCGCGUGAGCAUCCGACGUCGAUGGUCGAAGUGCCAAAGGCACAUUCAGGUACACGACCCGUGGGUGUGCUAUGGUGUGGACGGACGCAGCAUUUUGUCACGUGUGGAAGUGACGCGUUGAUGCAGGAGCGAGAGUUCAAGCUGUGGGACCCUCGACGCAUGGCCAAGUGCGUACAUCGAGAAAGGGUGGAUGCAGGAGGUGGUGGCCAAUUGUUUCCGCUCUACGAUCCUGAUGUGGACCUCUUGUUUGUGCUUGGCAAGGGAAGUCGCAGUGCCAGAAUGUUUGAGGUAGACGUGACGCGCGCCCCUUAUGUGCAUGCACUAAACUGCAGCACAUCGAGCGACACGACACUUGCAGCGACGCUUCUACCCAAGUCAGUCUGUGAUACGAACGUGUGUGAAGUUGCGCGCGUGUUAAAUCUUAGUACGAGCGGAACAAGUGGUGGCGCGAGCUGCGAAGUCAUCAGCUACCGAGUUCCUCGCAAAGAGGCGACGUAUACGUUUCAAAGCGACUUGUAUCCCGACACGUUGUCAAAAGAAGCUGCAAUAACGUCUGAGGAGUGGCUACGGGGACAAAAUGCUGAUCCUAAGCUGGAGGCCGUGACACCAACUGUAAAGGGUGCCGAUGAUAUGGUUGAAAGUGUGUUUGGACGUCCAACAGCAAGUGUGCCUGGUCGGGGAGCGCCAACAACUAGUGCCGCGACCGCAAGUAGUGGUUGGAAAAUUUCAGGUUGGGGGCAGGCAUUGUCAUCAUCGGCGUCGUCGAGUGCACCAUCAAACUUGGCGUCCGAUGCCAGGACAGGCUGGCGAUCAAGUAUGAGAAAGUGGAACGAGCCAGAGCACAAGACUGAGACAAACUCUCUUGGACAGACACAAUGGAGUACUGGCACCACUUGGAAUGCUACUGCUAGAGCAACUGAGUCGGCGGUUGCCCAUGAUAGUUCCGACACCACACAUGCGACUUCACGUGUUGCAGCGACGGAUGCAUCCGAAGCAUUAAUGACAAAGUCUGACGAAUCUUCUCCCACAGCUGUUGCUGCUACGACGCCUGACGCGCUACCUAUGGGAGAAGAUCCGACCACGACCAUAGAUUCGGUCGAGCUGUCGGACAAAGCUCGACGUCUGGGUGCCAAAUAUGGGCACAAGCUGAAGUACGUGCAAGGCAAGGAAGCACCACGCAAUGACGUGUUUUACUUUGGUGAUAAGCGCGCCGCGUUUUCCACGCAAGCGUCACCUGUGAUUGCUGCAAGCGCGACUUAUUGGGCAGCACCCAUUGUUGGUGCAGGUGGGCCCGUACUUGUAGAAAAGCUUGGUGCUACUGGAAAAGCACAGCAUGGCGCUGUGUCAGUGCUUAACGGACAGAAGGCCAUGGUGUCGGCACUGGCAUUCAAUCCUUUUGCCGACAACGUGCUUGCGACCGGUUCAGCUGACUCCACCAUUCAGCUUUGGACUCUUCCGCAGACUAAAACGGACGCAUCUGAUGCGCCAAGGGAUCCCUCGCUGACACUAUCAGGGCAUACAAAGGGCGUGCGAACACUUCAGUUCAACCCGACAGCGGCGGACGUCUUAUGCUCAACAAGCCACGACCUCUCGUUGCGCUUUUGGGAUGUCGAGACAGGGCAUGAGAAAUUACGUCUGGAGCGCAAGCUGGACGACAUCGCGUGGAACAUGGCUUUUAGCAGUGACGGUGCUCUGCUAGCCACAGCAAGCCGCGCUAAGAUUGUGCGUGUAUUCGACCCUCGCCAGUCUGACCGUGCGGUAGUUACGAUCGGUUGCGGCCACGAGAGCAACAAGCCGCAGUUUGUGACAUGGGUGGAUCUGACGCGUUUGCUGACGAUUGGCGUGAACGAACGGAGCGAGACGCAGGUCAGUUUCUGGGAUCCACGCAACUUGGUUGAGCCCGUAGGCACGCCGGCGUUAGUUGGACCAGCGGCAAGUGCGGGUAGCACUACAACGCCACUCCCGUUAUACGACUCAAGUUCGCGCUUACUGUUUCUUGUGGGCACUGGAAGUCGACACAUCUGGAGUUACGAAGUUGACCCCAUUGCUGCAACGGUGCAACCGAAUCUGCCUUUCAUGAUGACCGGUACGGAUACCAUUGGCGGUGUUGCACUUCUUCCAAAAAAGACAUGCAACGUUCGCGAUGUCGAACUGGCGCGAUUGCUUGUCGCAACGCCCAACGUCGUGGAACAAGUGUCGUUUUUUCUUCCGCGAGCACAAAAGCUGAAGGAUUUUUUCCAAGAUGAUGUCUUUGGCUUGGUUCCGAAGCAGGAGCCAUCGUUGACUGCCGCCCAGUGGUUUGCAGGCGAGCCCGGAGCUCCUUUGUACGAGUCCUUACAACCUCCUGGUAUGGUGCCACUUUCGGAAAAGCUAGAGGACGUUGCGCCUCCACGUCCUAAGACUCUAGAUUUCCAGGCGCGCAGACGAGAAGCGGAGGAGAAAAAGCGUCAAAUGACCGACCAGUUUGCUCGGCUCAGUACUCUUGCCACACAGCCAUCAUUACAUUUUGAUCGUUAUACCGGGGUCGAUCCACCUGCACCUCAAAUUGUCGAGGACGACAGCGACGACGACUGGGACUGA